UUCAUUGGCCGAGAGAGAGAGAGGCGUGCGGGUUUUAGGGUUCGACUUCGCCUCCGAAAGGGAGUGGAAUCGGCUAGAAAUCUUCCCCCUCCGGCAUAUUCCCAGGUCGGAAGCUUUCGUCAGACAUCCCUCUCGAAACCUGUUCUCGUGCUCUACGCGCUGGUAUCUUCGGUGGCGGAAGUUUCUUUCGUUUUCGAAUAAGGAUUAAGAUUUCGAGUUGAAUAGCUUGUUCAUCAUGGGUGAAGAAGACAACUUAUCCGAACAAAGAAAAAAGAAAGCGCUUAAAAACAAAAACCAUAGAAAAGCUCAUCUCAACCUUUCCCAGAAGAGUUCAGCAAGCCAAAGCCCUCUGAAAAGGAAAAAGGAUAAAAAACAGAGAAGAGGUCAUGGCACAGCAUCUAAAGAUGGCACAGCUCAAGGUUCAUCAAAUAUUCUUAAGAAAAAUGUUAAAGCUGGUGAGUCUUCGAAUCAUCAUCAAACAUCAAGACAGCAAACAUCCUCUCUCAGGAAAAUAGUUGAUCCAGAAACCGUAAAGUACUUUGCAGAAGUUGCAAAUUUAUUUCAAAAAAAUGAGAUCGAUCUAGAGGAGCUGCCUACAAUUUGUAGUAAUGCUUUGGAAGAAACUAGAGGAAAAGAAGUUGAGCUCGCAACAGACAUGACUAUAAGUCACACUUUACAGAAUCUUUUAGAAGGCUGUGAUUUGGACAGACUAUGUGGGUUUCUUCGAAACAGCGCAAAAGGAUUUCCUUUGAUUGCGACAGAUAGAUUUGGAUCCCAUGUGGCUGAGACAGCACUCAGGUCUCUCACGAAGCAUCUAGAUGAAGAAGGUUCUUAUUCUUAUAUUACUGAGACACUCUCUAAGCUGUGUCGGGUGGUGAUUACUGAUGCCGUGAGUGUGAUGUGCAGUCGUUAUGGCUCUCAUGUCUUUCGAAGUCUUCUCUGUCUUUGCAAAGGAGUUCCAUUAGACUCCUUGGAAGAGUUUCAUGUUAGCAAGCCACAAGCCAUUCUUGCUGAGCGGUUGAAUAGUAGACCUGCUCAGUCAGGUGGAAGCAAUUCUAAGAACUUUCAAUAUGGUUUUCCAGAUAUAUUCAAGUUUCUUGUUAGCGAAAUGUUAAACCAUGCAAAGGAUGAUAUUAGAUCUCUGAGAGUCAACAAGUACAGCAGUUUUGUUUUGCAGGCUGCAUUGAAAUUGUCAGUCGGGGAUGAUCAAGCUUUGUCAAAUGCAAUCUCAAUCCUUCUUGGUAGUGACACAAAGAUUAGUGAAGAAGGAAAAUUUUUUAGUACUUCAGUUAAGCAAGAAAUUAUGGAGCUACUUGAAGAUACUGCAUCCAGCCAUCUCUUGGAGUGUGCUGUAUUCUUGCACAACAUAGACAUGUUAAGGCUUUAUGAUAUGCAGGUCAUUGUUGAAGUUGCACCAGACACUCUGUACAAUGAGUUACUUACUGAAGUGUUCAAAUAUUCGCUAUUUGACAUCUCAUCCCAUCACUGUGGAAACUUUGUUGUGCAAGCACUAGUAUCUUCAGCAAAAACUAAGGAUCAGAUGGACUUGAUUUGGAAGGAGCUUGGUGCAAAAUCUAAGGAGUUACUCGAACAUGGGAAGCCAGGAGUAGUGGCUUCAAUCUUAGCUGCAUGUGAUCGACUUCAGACCCAUCAGCAUGAGUGUUGUCAAGCCCUUUGUGGUGCAGUAACUUCAGAUUUAGAGUCUCCAAGCUGCACUGUUCCACAUAUACUAUAUCUUGAGAGCUACUUCAGGGAUAGGGCCAGUUGGAAAUGGCCUCUUGAUGUUAAGAUGCAUGUAUUGGGUUGCUUGAUGUUACAAAUCAUUUUUAGAUAUCCUAAACAAUUGAUUCAGCCUUAUGUCACAAGUCUUACAUUGAUGGAUGCCGCUCAGAUCUUUCAAACUGCCAAAGAUGCAGGAGGAAGUCGUGUUCUUGAGGCUUUUCUCUGUUCGGAUGUUUCUGCAAAGGUGAAGCUUAAAGUUAUCACCAAACUGCAAGAUCAGUAUGGGGAACUUGCAUUGAGGACUUCCAGCUCAUUCACCGUUGAGAAGUGCUUUACUUCUAGUAACACAUCCUUAAAAGAGACUAUAGCAGCAGAGUUGCUGGCUGUGCGUGCUGAACUCUCGAAGACAAAGCAUGGUCCAUAUUUGCUGACGAAGCUAGAUAUUGAUGGAUUUGCAAGUAGACCCGAGCAAUGGAAGCAAAGCCAAGCAUCAAAAGAAAGUGCCUACAGAGAGUUCCAUGCUGUAUUUGGUUCCAAGAGUAAACCUCAUAAGCAAAAUGUUGAAGCACCUAAAUCAUCUCUGGCAUCCUCCAAGAAAAAACAAAGACAUGAGAAGUUGAGUGAUGAUGCUGAUGCUGCAAUGGCAAAUUCAACACUGGAAUUCCCUGGCCUUGAGAUCUCAAUGGCCAAACUGGGGUUCCCUGUUAAGGCAAAAAAAGGACACAAGAGACGAGGUACCAUUGAUGCAUCUGGUGUAGAAGAACCUGAUAGCAACAAAUUUGUUAGAAGCAACACAAACACCUCAUUUGUAAUGAGAUCCGGGAAGAGAAAAUCUUCUGCAUCUGAUCUUGCUGAUCUAGCCAGCAAGUCAAGGCUGAGCGCAGGAGAAGUUCAGCAGCUUUUUAAACCAACAAUUAAGAAUGAAAAUAAACAGUCUGGGAAUGAGAAGGUACCUUUUCUGAAGAGGCAAAAGAGGUGGUGAGAUUGUCUCCAUACCGUACUAAUGCCGUUUAAUGGAAUUUCUUUCGUGGUUAAGAAAGCUAUAGGAUAUGAGCAACAUGGCAAAGCUCAGUGGCAGAGGAGCUCAACAGGGAUAAGCACAAAAGAUGUUUUCCCUUGACAAUUGUUGUAGAAGUUUUUUUUUUUUUUUUUUUUUUUGCAUAUGACACAGUUUUGUCAAUUGAUGAGUUAUUGAGUCUUUUUUGUUGAAAAUAAUUUGUGGUUCAUCAUCUUGCAAAAUUAUGAAGCCAUGUUUAUCUGAUUCA